AUGAGUGAUCUACUGCUUGCUCUUCUCCUCGUUACAUCCUCUGCGAAUGGAUCCAAUCUUGUGUAUCGCUGGCCCCCCUUUCCUGAAUUGUCGUCGAGGCUUGUUCGUCCUUUGCCACACCACGACACCACUUGUGCGCAGGGCGACAACCCAUGGAGAGCGGCAAUAGCCUCAGAUCGACCAGUCGAAGAGUCCAAGGUGUGUCCCGACGGUUUACCUCGCGUCGAAGACGAAAGCUACCUCUGGAAGAGGCCGAACAUAUUCCGCCGCAGGUCUCUGUCUGGUGCACGUUCUCGCUCGCACCCCUCUUCGCGGACAAGCUCACCUUCCAAAGAUGCUGACGAAUCUUACGUUGGGGGCGCGAAUACGGGCUCGCCCGUUGACGAUGGGUAUGAUUCCGUUCUUGGAUACCCUGCGGAAUUCCUUGCUGGGAUGUUAUGUCCCCAAAGCUCCAUGUGUCAUCAGCGGUUUGGGUUUGUCGUCGAUGACCUCGUUUUUCUCGGGCAUCCCGUCUGUGCCGAGCCGGAUGGCACAUGGCGCUUCAAACCGGAGAAGAACAAACUAGCACCGAGGGGAAGAGUAUCAAGGAAAGGCGAGACCCCACAGUCGGUGGAAAAGCCGCUUACCCCCGACAGGGCUGAGAAACAUCGACGCGCCCCACCGGAUUCUAAAUGGCUUACAACAUUCCACUUCGUUGUUGUCUUGGAUCGUCCCGACCCAUCGUCCUCCUCACCUGCUAGUGUCUGGAAAUAUAUGGACACCAUCUACGAACGCCUCGUGUUUGCUAUCACGGCUGUACUGUUCCAGGAACAAAUUCUACACAACUAUGUUGAAACGGAAUGCGAUAAACUCGGUUCUUUAAAAGACGACUACACGAGUAAAGGCAUGCCUUUCUCGGAGUAUAUGUCAGAAGCUCUCAAUGUAUCGUCGCUUGCCCCUGCAAUGAAAACGCUUUACGAUUCCAUCAAAGCUAGUUCGAUCGCCAGAAUUACCAUACAUGAUCUUCCCCUCGAGCUCCACCUUCCUCCUAGCUUAGAGUCUAUGUUGCGUGCUGAGGAAGACGAUAAUGCGGACAUGGCAGAUCGGGAAGACGAAAAUGAUUUAACUAGCGUCUGGGACGACACAUGGGGAUCUAGAGGCUUCAUGGCGGUUGCUCCAUGGAAAAGCCUAUUGCUUCUUGAUGACGAAGAUGAACAGGGCUAUGAGCUUUACAUGAGAUUACGAGGGCCACAACUUAUGCCUGAGGACAGAGAGCUCGCCGAACAGCUGAUGAAAUUCUUAGAUUUGGCGUCCAUAUCGCUUUCACUCGCUGACAUGGCAACAUUACUCGAUUGGGAUCUGGAGUCUCAGGUGUAUCCUACUGUCCGGUGGCUAGUUCACCAUAGACGAGCUAAAGUAGUCGACUUCGUCCAUCCAGGUUUGAAGACUGUUUUCUCAAUUCCGCAGAAGUUUAGUGCUCCGUUAUCUGAACUUUCUGCAGAAUUUGACCGCGUGUUCGCCAGUAGCGGUGUCCCUCCCCUUUCAAAGCUGGUCUCUGUAGUUUCCAUGGCAUCCCAACAACAAAGUGCAAAUCAUUUCUUCGCGACAGUGGUAAAAUCCAAGGAUCUCAUACCGCUGUAUGAAGAUGUGGUCAUUUGGAUGCUGAAAAGAGAUCUACUUAUCACGCUACACCUACGCAUACGUAUCGUGGCCACAGAGGAGCUCAAAGACCGAGUGAGGAUGAAAUUUGAAAUGGCACGAGCUAAGAAGGAACGCAUUCAAGCCCAGGCCAGAAACCGGGAGCACGAGAAGGAGUCGAGUUCCCAAGAUACUCCGCGACAGGGGGCUGAGAUAAAAGAAUUCGCGCCUGGGACAAGCCCUGCCAUGAACUGGUUCUCGCUAUCGCCCCAUAGUGCUCGCAAGCAUGCUCGACAAUUUACGGAGGAUGUUCAGAGCCAAUCCAGUUUGCAGACGCAGCCGGAUGCUGUUGAAAAGGUUCAAGACGAUGAGUUCGAGGACGGGUUCGGGUCUUCGGGUGCCGAAGAAGAAGAUUGGUACCGCGGUGACGAUAACAACCCGUAUUCGUCGAUGGUCAGCGACCCUGCGCGCGCGAGUCGACUUGAGCGACUAUGGCUCGCUGCCAUGUCAGAUGGAAAAGAUGCCUAUAUAGUGAAGCGUUUCGAACAAAUCAAUCAAUACUUCGACGGAAAAUGUACCGAUGAUGAGAUCCUCUUUAGGGCUGAAAUAUCUAGAAAGCAGUUGCGAGAAGUGUUACAUCAUUACGACGAAUAUGUGCAGACGUUCCUUCACCCAUCUUGA